AUGGCUGACCCCGAGCCCAUUGCCAUUAUUGGUAUGGGAUGUAGACUCCCUGGCGGAGUCUCAAGCCCGGAAGAACUCUGGACACUGGUAGAGACGAAAGGAUCUGGUUGGAAACUGGUCCCCUCUGAGAGAUGGAAUAGAGAUGCUUUCUAUCACCCCGACGGGGCGGCCAUACAGGCCUACAACACCAAAAGUGGCUACUUCCUCACUCAUGACGUUUCAGAUUUUGAUUCACGAUUUUUCGGCUUCGGCGCCCACGAAGCGGACGCUACCGACCCGCAGCAGAGAAUUCUUCUCGAGACUACGUACGAAGCCCUCGAGAAUGCAGGCAUCCCCAUCGAGAGCCUCAAGGGCUCGGACACUGCUGUGUUCGCCGCUGUGUUCGCCCGCGAUUACGACCGUAUGGGCUACAAGAACCUCGAGACCUUUUCGAAAUUCAACAUUGGUGGUACUGGCGAGGCCAUCAUUGCCAAUCGCCUCUCGCACUUCUUCGAUCUGAGGGGUGUCUCGAUGACGAUAGAUACUGGUUGCUCUGGAAGUUUAGUGGCUUUGCAUGAGGCCUGCAUUUCCCUGAGGGCAAGGCAGUCCAAUCUUGCCAUUGUCGGAGGAACCGAAGUCAUUCUCCACCCAGACCAGAAUGUGGCGAUGUCCUCAGGCGGAAUGAUCAACUCUGAGGGUAAAUGCUUUGCAUUUGAUUCUCGCGGAGCAGGCUAUGGCCGCGGCGAGGGUGUCGCUACCGUCAUCGUCAAGCGGCUUGCCGACGCGAUCAGGGAUGGCGACACUGUACACGCCGUUAUCCGCAACUCGGGAGCCAACCAGGAUGGCAAGACGAACGGAAUAACUCUUCCCAACCCAGAAGCGCAGGAGGCGCUGAUACGUUCAGUCUAUAAGGCCGCAGGCCUGGACCCGCUCGAGACGCUGUACGUUGAGGCUCACGGUACAGGUACCGAGGUCGGUGACCAGGCCGAGAUACAGAGCCUUGGAAAUGUGUUCGGUGAGAAGCCUAGGUCACGCAAUCUUUAUGUCGGCUCUGUCAAGACGAACAUCGGCCACUUGGAAGCGGCAAGUGGUGUUGCCGGUCUGCUCAAGGCUAUUAUGGUGCUCAAGAAGCAGAAGAUUCCACCCAACUUGAAUUUCAUCAAGCCGAAACCGGGGUUGAGACUCGAAGAACGACAAAUCUCGGUGCCUUUGGAAACUACUCCUUUGGUCCCGGAACACUACAAUGGCCCGGUCCGGGUGUCCCUGAACUCCUUUGGCUAUGGUGGCACCAACUGCCACAUCAUCUUGGAGACACUCGAUCAAUAUGUCUCCAGUGAAAAGAAAGUUGCGACCAAUGGACACAUCACCAAUGGGUCUGAUGGCGAUGAGACGUCCAAAGGACAAACGAAUGGACAAACGAAUGGACUUCACCACCGGCACACUAACGGGCACACCAACGGGCACGACACUGGCUCCAACGGAUCCAACGGCGCGAAUGGCGCAGCUGUCACCGACUCCGCGAUUGACGCGAAUCAAGAAGUCCAAGACUCUCUGCCUCUCCUUUUUCCCCUGUCUGCCAAUUCAGAAGCCUCUCUCAGUGCCAUGCCGGGCAUCCUCUUGGAGUGGCUCGCGGCUCGAGAAGUCUCCGAGUCGGACCUCAAGGACCUUUCCCACACCCUCAGCUCACGACGAUCUCUUUUCCGAUGGCGGAAGUCUUUUGUCGCGCAAGAUCUGAAGCAACUCAGGUCCGCCCUCAGUGAGCCCAAGAUCUCCAAGACGCGCGCGUCCAACUCUGCUCGCAUCGCUUUCGUGUUUACGGGACAAGGUGCACAGUGGGCUGGUAUGGGUCGCGAGCUCGCCGUGUCUUCCAAAGUCUUCAGAAGAUCCCUGGACCAAGCCUCUGAGAUCUUGAAAAGUCUUGGAUGCCAAUGGGACCUGCUCGAAGAGCUUAGCAAGACAAACUCUGACUCGAGAAUCAAUGAAAGCGAGGUCGCACAACCGGCGACCACGAUCCUGCAAAUGGCGCUGGUUGACGUUCUCGCAGAUUUUGGCAUCUCGCCACAGUUCGUGGUAGGCCAUAGCUCGGGAGAGAUCGCUGCAGCUUACGCAGGAGGAGCUUUGAGCCAGGAGGAUUCGGUGCGAGUCUCGUACUUCCGUGGUCGCUGUUCAGCCACAGCCAAGAAACUCAACUCUCUGGCGGGCUCCAUGUUAGCGACCGGUUACAGCGAGCAGGCUGCGCUCCAAACGCUCAAGGCCGCCAACCUCAACGACGAAAAGGGCAGAGUGGUUGUUGCAUGUGUCAAUAGUCCCUCUAGCACUACUCUCUCUGGAGACGAGCCAGCCAUCGACUACAUUAACUCCAUCCUCACAGCGGCAGGUGUAUUUUCGCGCAAACUGAAGGUCGAGACGGCUUACCACUCCCACCAUAUGGAGAAGGUCGCCGACUCUUACAUCCAGACUCUGGGCGACCUGGCUGGUUCGGAUGUGCGAAGCGGUGUUGAGUUCCUGUCGUCUGUGACUGGACAGGCCAAGACCUCGGACUUCGGCCCAGAGUACUGGGUGAAAAAUCUUGUGUCCAAGGUACGCUUCCAUGAUGCUCUCGAAGCGGUUGCUCAGAGGAUGGGAGAGCUAGGCAGCCGUGAUGUUGCCAAUAUUUUCAUCGAGAUCGGCCCGCAUGCGGCUCUGCAAGGUCCCGCAAACCAGACACUCUCGGCCAUUCCGGGUUUCAAGUCUUCCUACUUGUCACCGAUUUCGCGCGGCAAGAACUCAUCCGACACGUUGUCGGUACUUCUCGGUCGUAUCUUCGAGUUGGGAGGCCGAAUAAAGUUAUCACGCCCCCUGGACGGCGAGCCUCGACACGUCGUUGGUGACCUGGCCCCGUACCCGUGGGAUCACAUCAAGCAUUGGGCGGAGUCGAGAUUGAGCCGUGGCCACAGGCUUCGACAAUUCCCGUACCAUGAUCUGCUCGGCCUUUACGACGUAAUGAGCCCGAUCGAAGAGCCACGCUGGCGGCAGCAUCUCAGCGUCCAGCGCCAUCCGUGGCUGAAGGAUCACAUCGUUGACGGCAUGAUCAUCUUUCCGGGUGCAGGUUACAGCGCGAUGUGUAUCGAGGCCAUGAAACAACUCACCCAGAUGCAGAAUGCCGAUGCCAAGAUUGUCAGCACAGCGAUGAAGGACAUGCAGAUUGUUCGGCCAAUAAUCAUGCCCACCGAGUCGACUGGCGGCCUAGUGGAGGAUGUUGAGGUCCAGCUCAUCCUCAGCCCGUCCAAGACGAGCGAUGCCUGGUACACUGCACGUGUCCUGUCGCUGCAAGCCGAUCAGACUUGGGCGGAACAUGUUUCCGCCUGGAUCAGAGUUGAACUUGAGUCUCCUCUGAAGCCCGGUGCUGUUGAAAGCUUCGGUACUGAGCACACCGCCUCAAUUGAGGAGGCCUUUGAAGCAUUGGAGAGAAUCCAGUCCCUGGCGCAAGAACGACUGCCUAGUGAGAGUUUCUACGACGAACGCCGGAAGGCAGGCAACGAUUGGGGCCCAAGUUUUGCCCUGCUUACAGAGGCUUAUAUCGGACCUGGUAUAGGCUUCUCGAAGAUGAACAUCCCAGAUAUCGCACAGUGGAUGCCCGCUGGGUACUUCCAACCUCAUCUGAUCCACCCAACCACUCUAGAUGCUUCGAACCACAUGCUGCCCGCGAUCUUCCAUAGAGAAAUUUCCAACGCGCCCAUCAUGCCUGUUUCAACAGAGGAGACCAUUUUUUCAAGUCUCAUCUCCAGCAGGCCCGGCGACGAGAUGAUCGUGGCAAUGGAGCUCAAGCCUCAGGGCAGGACAGCUGGCCUGGGUAACAUCUGGGCCUUCCAGAAGCACCCCGAGACAGGCGAGCUGAGGCUGGUCAUCAUCGUUAGGGGCUUGCUCCUUCGGGCAGUCGGAGAGGAUGCGUCCAAAGCAUCGUCGCAGGUCUUCAAACGCAAGCACAACUACCAAAUUUCCUACCUUGAGGACCCAGACUUCCUCACGGAGCCGGGCUUCAAGCAGCUUCUGAAUCAGUACUUCCGGCUCAUGACCAACAAAAACCCGCGGAUGAAUGUCCUAGAGAUUGGUGCGGGAACUGGCAGUGCCACGCUUCCGCUGUUCCAGGCUCUAGGUGAUGACGCGCGGGACCUGAUUAAUCAUUACUGCUACACCGAUAUCUCAUCUGGCUUCUUCGAGCCGGCCAAGGACCGUCUGGACAAGUGGAAGUCCGUCAUUGAGUACAAGACACUUGAUAUUUCUAAGGACCCGCUGAAGCAGGACUUCUCGCCGCAGCAGUACGAUGUGGUUGUUGCUUCGAAUGUGCUCCAUGCUACAAGGUCGAUGAAGGAGACCAUGACGAAUGUCCGAAAGCUCCUGAAGCCAGGCGGCACGCUGCUGUUAGCUGAGGCGAACCGGAUCACGACCACCGCCAGUCACACUCCGCUUCUCGCCAACGAUGAGUGGCACGAGCUGCUCUUGUCGACCUCAUUUGGUGGUAUCGAAUUUUCUUCACCAGACUGUGACGGUCCGCUAGCCAGAACAUCCUUCAUCGUAUCCAAGGCCGUCGAGGAAUCACGCGACGAGACUUUCCCAGCACCGACAUCGGUGCAGAUUGUCACUAACCCGGCUUCGGCCAUCAGCAAGACAGCAGCCGACUCACUCUCCACCACAUACCAAGAACAAGGUCUCUCCAGUGCCUCUACAACGUGGGAGUUGCUACCAGAAGUCAAAGAAGACGCAGAUACCCUGUAUGUGGUCCUCGACAGCGCAAAUUCGGCGAUCCUGGCCAAGCCAGACCCAGGCACAUUUCAUCGCAUUCAGAACCUGGUCGCCAACUGCCGUAACAUUCUCUGGAUUUCAUUCCAGGAGUCUGACGGUGCGGACCUUGCUCCCGCCAAAGCACUCGUCAAUGGCCUGGCGCGUGUCAUGCGCCGCGAGAAUGAAGGUAUCAAGUUUAUCACUGUCGAGGUCCGUGAUCUUGUCACUGAGGAGGUGGUCGUCGACAUGGUCAAGGAGACUGUGCGAAUUUCGCAGCUUCUCCUGUCCAAGGAGAAAGAACACGUGACGACUGAUGACGAGGAGUUUGUACUGAGUGGCGGAAAGAUACUCAUUCCUAGAGUUUACGCGGACAAGAAGUUCAACGACUGGACAGACCGUCUCAAUGGCCACAGUCUCCUUACGCCCACCACCUUCCAGGACCCGACACUGCCCCUGAGAAUGGAGGUUGGUGCUCCUGGCCUGCUGAACAGCAUCCACUUUGUCAAGGACGAAAUCCCAUCGCAGGCCCUCGGCGAGGAGGAGAUCCAGAUCGACUCAGCCGCAUUUGGUGUCAAUUUCCGCGAUGUGUUCAACGCGCUUGGGCAGCUCCAUCAGAGCACAUUUAUCGGUGAGGUGUCUGGUGUUGUCACGGCCAUGGGGUCCGGCGAGUUCGUGCAGAGUACCUACAAGGUCGGCGAUCGUGUUGUCGGCAUGCUCGCGCAACCUUUUGCCAGCUACUCUCGCCUCAGAGGAUACGAGGCACACGUUAUACCUGACAGCUUGAGCUUCGCGGAAGCGGCUUCAGUCCACGUCAUUUUCACUACCGUGUACUACAGUCUUGUCACUCUUGCGCGGCUCGAAGCCGGCCAGACGGUUUUGAUCCACUCUGGCUCAGGUGGUGUUGGCCAGGCUGCGAUUCAGCUUGCCCAGCACCUGGGAGCCACGGUCUACGUGACUGUCGGCAGUGAAGAGAAGAGGCAGUUCCUCAUCAAAGAGUAUGGAGUGCCCGCAAGUAACAUUCUAUCGUCUCGGGCGAAUCCGCGCGACCUCAAGAGCAAGGUUAUGCGCCUCACGGGCGGGAGGGGCGUUGAUGUCGUGCUGAACUCGACAUCGGGUGAGAUGCUGUCUGCCUCCUGGGAGUGCGUGGCCUCGCUCGGAUACCACAUCGAGCUUGGCAAGUCAGACAUCGACAAGAACCGCCAUAUCUCAAUGGCUCCCUUUAAGCGGAACGUGACCUUCGCUUCAGUCGAUCUCGUCGUCAUCGCCAGUGAGCGGCCAAAGGUGUUGUACAAGGCCCUACACGAGGCCCUGGCCUUGUUCGAGGCUGGAGUUCUCAAACCGGUGCGUCCGCUCAACGUGUUCCCGGCAGACCGACUCGAGGCUGCUUUCAGAUUGAUCGCGGAACGGAAGCACAUGGGCAAAGUGGUCAUCGACUUCAAGAAGGACACAAUGGUCCAAGCCGUUUUACCUCCGCCUCCCCAACUGCAACUCAAAAGAAAUGGCACGUACAUCAUUGCCGGUGGUCUGGGAGACAUUGGAAGGACUUUGUUCAGCCAUCUGUCAAAGCUUGGUGCCGGCCACAUCAUCACCCUCUCUCGCAGAGCCAUUGGUGAAGAGGAGCGGAGUGGCUUUGAAAAGGAGGCUGCCAAGUUUGGCGCAAAACUACACAUUCUGCAAUGCGACAUCACGGAUGUGCAGAGUGUCAAGAACGUCGCAAAGUAUUGCCAGGAUUCGCUGCCUCCUGUUCGUGGACUGAUUCAUGCCGGCAUGGUGCUCCAGGACCGACCGAUGACUUUGAUGACCGACUCUGAGUGGAACACGGUCCUUGCACCUAAGACAGUGGGAACAAUCAACCUUGACAACGUCUUUGCCUCUCCGGAGCUCGAAUUCUUCAUCAUCCUGGCCUCGAUGUCCGGCAUUUUGGGCAACCCUGGCCAGGCGAACUACAGUGCAGCCAAUGCGUUCCAAGAUUCUUUUGUCACAAGCCGCAACAAGAGCAAUGGAACACGCUAUGCUUCGUUCGACCUGCCCCUGGUUAACGAUACAGCUGCCAACUCUUCCCUGAAGUCGGAGAGCCGUGACUCUGUGGUCAGAGGUUCAAUCAUAUUCAACUUUGACGAGCUCCUGCAGCUUGUAGACUACACCAUGGACGCCUCGACCGACAUUGGGAAACCCUUCUUCCACUCCCUGAUGGGCUUUGACAGGCAGUCAAUGAACAAUAUCUCGGCCAACUAUGUCUGGGGAGCGCAGUUCCGGACAAUCCCUCAGAUGCAGGAGGCAGGUUCGAACGAGUUUGGCAACACGUCUCUCAAGAAGGAUGUCGAAGCCCUCCUGCGCAACGUCACCUCCGUGGACGAGGCAGUCAACAUCAUCACGGAGACGACUGUCGAGAAGUUUGUUGCGUUUCUCAACCUUGACGCCGAGGAUGUGAGCGCAGAUGAACCCCUCUCUACCUUCGGUCUCGACUCUCUCGUAUCAAUUGAGUUAAAGAACUGGAUGGUACGGACGUUCAAGGUCUCUUUGCAGGCCUCCGAGCUGACCAGCGCUCCGAGCAUUGUGCAUCUGGCCAAACGCUUGGCGUCAAGAUCUAAACUGCUUCCUGCAGACCUCGCCCAGUCUCCCGAGGCCCCAAAGCACAACCACGAGCCAGCAGAGACCAACGGCCACUUCCAGGACAAGCCUGCGGCUCGAGAGGACGCCAGCACCAGUAUUCCGGAUUUUGACUGCUGUGCGGUUCCUGGGAAAGAGGCGUUGCAGCCCGUUCCUGAUCUCCUCGAGACAAUGAAGGACCACAUGGAGAGCAUUGCACAUUUCGCCACCAACGAAUCCGAGGUCGACGACCUUCGCGCCGCCAUCGCAGAGUUUACCGCUCCCAACGGGAUCGCAGCCCAGAUACAUAAGCAGAUACAGAACGACGCUCGUGACCCAGCCGUGGGCAAUUGGGUCUCGAAAUUCCUGGCCGAGGACUACCACUUGCGGAUGCGUCAGGCAGUGCAGUACACCAAUUUCAUGGCCAUCAACCACGCGUCGCCCGUACCCCACACACAGGCGGAGCGAGCGGCACUGCUCGCUGUGACGGCGUAUCAGCUCAAGCUGGACAUUGAUGAUGGUAGCGUGGCGACGCCGUUCAUCAUGGACACGUCUGUGUGUCGGCUCCCGCUGCAGCGGCUGUUCAACACAUACCGUCAGCCUCAGGUGGUUCGGGACGAGCUGAAGAAGGGUUCUGGGACCCAUUGUGUUGUCCUGAGGCGUGGGCGCUUGUUCAAGGUCCCAUUGCAAGAUGGUGACAAACCUGCGUCUCUAGAGGCUGUGAAGUCGACGUUUGACAGCAUCCUUGAACUUGUGAACGAUGAUGGAACAUGGGCAGGAAUACUGACCACCGACAAUCGGGACUCUUGGGCAAUGAAACGAACCGAUCUACUCGCGAUCGACCCGGCCAAUGCCACGUACUUCCAGACCAUUGAAGACGCUGCUUUUACCGUCAACCUCGAUGACGGAGAAGCCUCACUGUAUGGCGACUGGGCCAAGAAGUCCAAGCUUGGUGAUGGUUUCAACAGAUGGAACGACAAAGCGCUCCAGCUUGUUGUCACCGCAGAAGGAAACUCGGGUGUUCUGGUUGAGCACUCUUACCUUGACGGAACUACUCCCGCUCCACUGUACGAUCGUCUUCGCGACGCCAUUGCGGCCCACAGGCCAGACUCUGCCACCAACGGCCACACCAACGGCCACUCCCACCAGCUUGCUUUUGAGGAAUUGUCCCUCGCCCUCUCUCCCGAAAUUGAGUCGCACAUCUCCUCACUCCGCACCCGCUGGCUCGAGUUUGGCGCCUUGCGGGAGUUUAUUUCCUAUCCUCUCCCCACCAUAAGCUCCAGCCUGCUAGGCCAGUCCAAGAUUCCGACCAAGGGUGGUUAUGAUGUGCUCUGUCAGCUCGCGCUGUAUUUCUAUUUCGGCCACGUGACGCCCAGCUGGCAACCCGUCAUGCUCUCGCACUUCCACCAAGGAAGGCACGACAUCGUGCAGAUCACCUCCCCGCCGGUCCGCGCAUUCUGCGAGGCCGCGGGCGACGAAUCGAUCCCUGCGACCAAGAGACGCGACCUGCUCCUCGAGGCGGCGAAGGACGUGACCCGCCGUAUCCGAGAUGGCAAGGACGGCAAGGGCUUUUGCCGGCUGUACUCUGUGAUUCAGAUGCAGUGGCCAGAGGACCAGCCCAAGGCUGCGCUGUUUGAUGAUGCAUUGUUCAGGCGUGCGUAUGACUUCACGAGCGUGACAAACCCCAACCACAACACCGUCGAAGGCAUCACGACGCCGCUGGAUCCCAGCGCUUUGCGGCUUAGAUACACGAUCCGCGACAACGAUUCUUGGAUUAGCUUCAACUGUCCCACAGGGCAGGCGGAGAAGCUAAGGAAGUGCGUAGACCAGGCCGCCACAAUCAUUAGGACUUUGGCUCUGGCGGAUUGAUGGGCGAUGACGGGUCAAGUAUUGUAUUCGCAAACAUAACUCUCCGUAUUCAUCUUUUCAUUUGUCCGUAGUAGGCGAGAUGGUGAUGACCCACCGUGUAGAUGCUGAGGUCUUCCUCAAAAGGCAAACCUCGCAUUCCCAAAGACAGCCACGAAUAUGAUGUUACUACA